CAGCCGCGGGGGCAGCGCCCUCGGGGAGCCGUCCUGCCGGCGGCGGCGGCAGGAGCGGCAUUUCUCGCCUCCUCUUCGUCUCCUUUUCUAACCGUGCAGCCUCUUCCUCGGCUUCUCCUGAAAGGGAAGGUGGAAGCCGUGGGCUCGGGAGGGAGCCGGCUGAGGCGCGGCGGCGGCACCUCCCGCUCCUGGAGCGGGGGGGAGAAGCGGCGGCGGCGGCGGCCGCAGCGGCUGCAGCUCCGGGGAGGCGGUCGGAGUCGCCUGUCACCAUUUCCAGGUCUGGGAACGCCGGAGAGUUGGUCUCUCCCCUCCUACUGCCACCAACACGGCGGCGGCGGCGGCGGCACGUCCAGGGACCCGGGCCGGUUUUAAACCUUCCCUCCGCCGCCGCCGCACCCCCGCUGGCCCGGGCUCCGGAGGCCGCCGGAGGAGGCAGCCGUUCCGAGGAUUAUUCGUCUUCUCCUCAUUCCGUUGCCGCCGCUGCCAGGCCUCUGACUACUGAGGAGAAGCAGGCCCAGUCGCUGCAACCAUCCAGCAGCCGCCGCAGCAGCCAUUACCCGGCUGCGGUCCAAAGCCAAGCGGCGGCAGAGCGAGGGGCAUCAGCUACCGCCAAGUCCAGAGCCAUUUCCAUCCUGCAAAAGAAGCCCCGCCACCAGCAGCUUCUGCCAUCUCUCUCCUCCUUUUUCUUCAGCCACAGGCUCCCAGACAUGACAGCCAUCAUCAAAGAGAUCGUUAGCAGAAACAAAAGGAGAUAUCAAGAGGAUGGAUUCGACUUAGACUUGACCUAUAUUUAUCCAAACAUUAUUGCUAUGGGGUUUCCUGCAGAAAGACUUGAAGGCGUAUACAGGAACAAUAUUGAUGAUGUAGUAAGGUGUGCUGAAAGGCAUUAUGAUACCGCCAAAUUUAACUGCAGAGUUGCACAGUACCCUUUUGAAGACCAUAAUCCACCACAGCUAGAACUUAUCAAACCCUUUUGUGAAGAUCUUGACCAAUGGCUAAGUGAAGAUGACAAUCAUGUUGCAGCAAUUCACUGUAAAGCUGGAAAGGGACGAACUGGUGUAAUGAUUUGUGCGUAUUUGUUACAUCGGGGCAAAUUUUUAAAGGCACAAGAGGCCCUAGAUUUCUAUGGAGAAGUAAGGACCAGAGACAAAAAGGGAGUAACUAUUCCCAGUCAGAGGCGCUAUGUGUAUUAUUAUAGCUACCUGUUAAAGAAUCAUCUGGAUUAUAGACCAGUGGCACUGUUGUUUCACAAGAUGAUGUUUGAAACUAUUCCAAUGUUCAGUGGCGGAACUUGCAAUCCUCAGUUUGUGGUCUGCCAGCUAAAGGUGAAGAUAUAUUCCUCGAAUUCAGGACCCACACGACGGGAAGACAAGUUCAUGUACUUUGAGUUCCCUCAGCCAUUGCCUGUGUGUGGUGACAUCAAAGUAGAGUUCUUCCACAAACAGAACAAGAUGCUAAAAAAGGACAAAAUGUUUCACUUUUGGGUAAAUACAUUCUUUAUACCAGGACCAGAGGAAACCUCAGAAAAAGUAGAAAAUGGAAGUCUAUGUGAUCAAGAAAUUGACAGUAUUUGCAGUAUAGAGCGUGCAGAUAAUGACAAGGAAUAUCUAGUACUCACUUUAACAAAAAAUGAUCUCGACAAAGCAAAUAAAGACAAAGCCAACCGAUACUUUUCUCCAAAUUUUAAGGUGAAGCUGUACUUCACAAAAACAGUAGAAGAGCCAUCAAAUCCAGAGGCUAGCAGUUCAACUUCUGUAACACCAGAUGUUAGUGACAAUGAACCUGAUCAUUAUAGAUAUUCUGACACCACUGACUCUGAUCCAGAGAAUGAACCUUUUGAUGAAGAUCAGCAUACACAAAUUACGAAAGUCUGAAUUUUUUUUUUAUCAAGAGGGAUUAAAACACCAUGAAAACAAACUUGAAUAAACUGAAAUCGGACCUUUUUUUUAAUGGCAAUAGGACAUUGUGUCAGAUUACCAGUUAUAGGAACAAUUCUCUUUUCCUGACCAAUCUUGUUUUACCCUAUACAUCCACAGGGUUUUGACACUUGUUGUCCAGUUGAAAAAAGGUUGUGUAGCUGUGUCAUGUAUAUACCUUUUUGUGUCAAAAGGACAUUUAAAAUUCAACUAGGAUAAAUAAAGAUGGCACUUUCCCAUUUUAUUCCAGUUUUAUAAAAAGUGGAGACAGACUGAUGUGUAUACGUAGGAAUUCCUCAUUUUGUGUCGUCACCAACUGAAGUGGCUGAAGAGCUUUGUGAUGUACAGGUUCACAUCCUACCCCUUUGCACUCGUGGCAACAGAUAAGUCUGCAGUUGGCUGAGAGGAGAUCCUAGAGGGUUUUGCUACAUUCUAAUGCAUGUGUUCGGGUUAGGGGAAUGGAGGGAAUGCUCAGAAAGGAAUGUAUUGUAUGCUGGACUCCGGACCAUAUACCAUCUCCAGCUAUUUACACGCACCUUUCUUUAGCAUGCUACAGUUAUUAAUCUGGACAUUUGAGGAAUUGGCCGCUGUCACUGCUUGUUGUUUGUGCAUUUUAUUUUUUUAAAGCAUAUUGGUGCUAGAAAAGGCAGCUAGAGGGAGUGAAUCUGUAUUGGGGUACAGGAAUGAACCUUCCACAGUGUCUUCAAAGUCCACGAAUGAAGGGAUAUAAAAAUAAUGUGGUUGUAGAUAAGAAACACAGCAACAAUGACUUAACCAUAUAAAUGUGGAGGCUAUCAACAAAGAAUGGGCUUGAAACAUUAUAAAAAUUGACAAUGAUUUAUUAAAUAUGUUUUCUCAGUUGUAAUGACCGCUCCAUCUCCUGUGUAAUCAAGGCCAGUGCUAAAAGUCAGAUGCUAUUAGUAGCUACAUCAGUCAACAACUUAAACUUACUUUAUUAGUUUUUCAAUCAUAUACCUGCUGUGGAUGCUUCAUGUGCUGCCUGCAAACUUCUUUUUUCUCAUUAAAUAUAAAAUAUAUUGUAAUGCUGCACAGGAAAUUUCAAUUUGAGAUUCUACAGUAAGCGUUUUUUUUUUUCUUUAAAGAUUUAUGAUGCACUUACUCAAUCCAAUAGCUGUCAGCCGUUCCACCAUUUUGACCUUACACAUUCUAUUACAAUGAGUUUUGCAGUUUUGCACAUUUUUUAAAUGUCAUUAACUGUUAGGGGAUUUUACUUGAAUACUGAAUACAUAUAAUGUUUAUAUUUAAAGGACAUUAUUUGUGUUAAAAAGGAAAUUAGAAUUGCAGUAAAAUUUCAACACUGCACAAAUAAAAAGGCAUUUACUUUUUCAGUAGAAAUUGUCCCACAUAAUGCUUGUAUCAAUUUGCUAUUGAAAGGAUAGACUUUUUUUUUGAUGUGCAGUGUUGAAUCAUUUUUUUGUAGUGUAGAGUUAGGACUAGGGCUUCAAUUUCACUUCUUAAAUGUCAUAUAUUUGAUAUGCCCAGACUGCAUAUGAUUUUAAGCAAAGUACAACUACUAUUAUAAAGCUAAUGUGAAGAUAUUAUUAAAAAGAAUUUUUUUCCCCAUAAAUUUGGUGUCUUUCAAAUUACACCUUGACCUUGAAACAUUUAAAUAUUUAACCAAUUUAUUUCUUAAUGGUGUAAAAUCUCACUUUCAAUAACAUUGGUGCUGAAAUUGUUCAUUAGCUGUGGUGACCUAGUUAAUUUACAAAUACAGAUUGCAUAGGACCUACUAGAGCAGCAUUUAGAGAGUUUGAUGGUAAAUAGAUUAGGCAGAACUUCAUCUAAAAUAUUCUUCAUUAAAUGUUGACAUAUUUUCCAUACUUGUCAGUUUCAUUCAAGUAAAUUUUUAGAUUUUUAACAAAGCUCUUAGGAUUUACACAUUUAUAUUUAAACCUUGAUAUAUAGAAAAUUGAUUGAGUGUUCAUAAGUUAAAUUGGUAAGUUAGGGGCAACUAUUCCUAAGAUCUCAUUGAAAUUUAUAUGCCACCUGUCUUUCAUAAACGCUGAAAAUUGUUGACUAAGAUGAAAAUCAACUAUUCAUGUUUUGAAGGUAGUUAUUAAUACUGUUAUUUGUUACAGUUUUGGGCACAGUAUAUUAAAACAUAACUUGUAUUGUUCCAAUGUGUAACAUGGAGGGCCAGGUCAUAAAUAAUGACAUUAUAAUGGGCUUUUGCACUGUUAUUAUUUUUCCUUUGGAAUGUGAAGGUCUGAAUGAGGGUUUUGAUUUUGAAUGUUUCAAUGUUUUUGAGAAGCCUUGCUUACAUUUUAUGGUGUAGUCAUUGGAAAUGGAAAAAUGGCAUUAUAUAUAUAUAUUAUAUAUAUAUAAAUAUAUAUUAUACAUAACUACUCUCCUUUAUUUCAGUUACCAUCCCCAUAGAAUUUGACAAGAAUUGCUAUGACUGAAAGGUUUUCGAGUCCUAAUUAAAACUUUAUUUAUGACAGUAUUCAUAAUUAGCCUGAAAUACAUUCUGUAGGUAAUCUCUUUGAGUUUCUGGAAUGUUUUCUUACUUAGACUUUUUGGAUGUGCAGCCGCUUACAUGUCUGAAGUUACUUGAAAGCAUCACUUUUAAGAAAGCUUACUAUUGGGCCCUGUACCAUCCCAAGUCCUCUGUAGCUCCUCUUGAACAUUUUUUGCCAUAAUUAUUAAAGGGUAGUUGAAUAAAUAGCAUCACCAUUCUUUGCUGUGGCACAGGUUAUAAACUUAAGUGGAGUUUACCGGCAGCAUCAAAUGUUUCAGCUUUAAAAAAUAAAAGUAGGGUACAAGUUACAUGUUUAGUUCUAGAAAAUUUGUGCAAUAUGUUCAUAACGAUGGCUGUGGUUGCCACAAAGUGCCUCGUUUACCUUUAAAUACUGUUAAUGUGUCAUGCAUGCAGAUGGAAGGGGUGGAACUGUGCACUAAAGUGGGGGCUUUUAACUACAGUGUUUGGCAGAGUUGCCUUCUACCCUGCCAGUUCAAAAGUUCAAUCUGUUUUCAUAUAGAAUAUAUAUACUAAAAAAUUUCAGUCUGUUAAACAGCCUUACUCUGAUUCAGCCUCUUCAGAUACUCUUGUGCUGUGCAGCAGUGGCUCUGUGUGUAAAUGCUAUGCACUGAGGAUACACAAAACAAAAUAUGAUGUGUACAGGAUAAUGCCUCAUACCAAUCAGAUGUCCGUUUGUUAUUGUGUUUGUUAACAACCCUUUCUCUCUUAGUGUUAUAAACUCCACUUAAAACUGAUUAAAGUCUCAUUCUUGUCA